AUGGGAAAGCGGGUGGCCAUUGUAGGCAGUGGCUGCUCGGGAAUUGGCGCACUAUGGGCGUUGAAGGACACCGAUCACGAGGUCCAUCUAUUUGAGCAGUCGUCUCGACUAGGUGGCCAUACAAAUACUGUCGAAUAUGAGUCUCCAGCCGGGACUAAGGUCAAUGUCGACACGGGCUUCAUAGUUCUCAACACGGCUACCUACCCAAAUUUCAUGGCGUUUCUCAAGGAGCUAGGCGUGCCGACCGUCAAGACCGACAUGACAUUUGGCGUCUCGAGAGAUCAGGGCAGUUUCGAAUGGGCGGGCACAUCACUGUCCGCUAUCUUUGCCCAACGGAAGAAUUUCUUCAGCUUCCGCAUGUGGCGCUUGAUCUUCGACAUCAUCAGAUUCAAUCAAUUUGCCCUUGAUGUCCUUCACCAAGAGGACGAGAGUGAGAAUGAUCCCAUCUCAGAUAAUGGAAAGCAACCAAGUCGCCAGCCGCCAGAGAGUAUUGGCGAAUAUCUCGACCGCGAAGGGUACUCACAGACCUUCAGGGACGAUUACCUGAUGCCCAUGACGGCGGCUGUGUGGAGCACCAGCCCCGACAAAUGCUCGCUUCAGUUUCCUGCCGUGACCCUAAUUCGGUUCAUGUGGAAUCAUCACCUUUUGAGCACCGUUUCUAAGCGGCCGGAUUGGAUGACAAUCCCAGGUGGCUCAAAGCAGUACAUCGAUGCUGUGAUGAAGCCAUUCCCGAAGCAGCAGGUGCAUCUGUCCACCAAGGUGACCGCUUUGACGCCCACCAAAAAUGGCGGCGUGGUCCUCACUGUCAACGAUGAGCACAAGACUUUUGACCAUGUCAUUCUGGCCACACAUGGUGACCAGGCUUUGAACAUUCUCAGACCAGUGGCCACAGCGGAAGAAGUCGAGAUCUUGUCCGGCUUCCAGACCAGUCGAAAUAUUGCAGUCUUGCAUUCAGACCUCUCCCUGAUGCCACAAAGGCGAGUGGCAUGGUCUGCGUGGAACUAUAUAACCGAAUCUCCGUUCCCACCCACUGGCCAGAGUAACGUUUCCAAGAUCUGCUUGACUUACUGGAUGAAUCUGCUCCAGCACAUCCCGGAGAAGCAGCACGGUCCUGUCCUGGUGACUUUGAAUCCGCUCAAAAUGCCCAACCCCAGGCUUUCGCAAGGAAUCUGGGAAUACUCACACCCACUGUACAAUGCUGAAGCAAUACGCUCGCAAAAGCUGCUUGGCCGCAUACAGAAUACGCGUGGUAUCAGCUACUGUGGCGCGUGGACCAAGUACGGCUUCCACGAAGAUGGCCUUAGCAGUGGUUUGGCUGCUGCUACCAACCAUCUCGGCGCGAAGCUGCCAUUCCAAUUUGUGGAUUCGACGUUCUCCAGGGGUCGCAAGCCAGUCAUUACUUCAAAGAUGCGGCUUGCUAGACUGACGAUUUGGAUCAUACAGACCUUAAUCCUGGUUGUUCUGAAAUGCACCGACAUGCUCAUAGCAUAUCUAGAUGCUCAUGUGGCCAAGCGACGAAAGCUUCCUUGA